GCUUCCAACGCCUCCAAGUAUCCCGCCUCCACACGCUCUCCUGGGAAGCUUUUGGAAUUCCAUUUGGACUUUUCUUUAGGGCCGUGAAGAAGGCAGAAGGACCUGCAGGCGAUCAUGCAGCUUGGGUGUGGUGCGCACGGCUUCCUGCCUCUGUGGCUCCCGCUGCUUGGAUACGUUGUGGACGUUUACGCGGGGCCGAUUUUGCUCAACUCCAACGCCAUUAAGAACCUACCCGGAGGUAAAAGCUUCGACGCGGUCAGCCCGAGUCCACGCACGUCUCCCCCCGGCAGCGUGGGGCACAAAGCACCCGUGGACACUUUGCAGCAGUCAGGAGUUUGCGCGGACGAUGAGGACUGCGGGGGGGAUGAAUUCUGCAACGACGUCCGGAGUGUUUGUCUGCCCUGCCGCAAGAACCGGAAGCGGUGCGCACGGGAUUCCAUGUGUUGCGCGGGAAGUCGCUGCAGCAACGGUGUUUGUCAGACUAAUGACAUUGAUGGUGAUGCUGGGUGGCACAUACACAACAACACCAUGGAGCACCACGCCAGAAGACCACUCGUCUCACAGGACACCCAUUCUGUCAAAGGUCAAGAAGGAGACACGUGUCUGCGCUCGGCCGACUGCUCCGAGGGUCUGUGUUGCGCCAGGCACUUCUGGUCCCGCAUCUGCAAGCCGGUGCUGACCGAGGGCCAGGUGUGCACGCGCCACCGCAGGAAGGGCACCCACGGCCUGGAGCUCUUCCAACGGUGUGACUGCGGCGACGGCCUGGCCUGCAGGCCCGAGAAAGCCGAGCGAGACCAUGGCGUCAGCAGGACGUCGUCCCGCAACCUGCACACCUGUCAGAGACGCUGACCAAGGCGCGGCGGCGACACAAACAAAUGGGUCACAGACACUGACGCGCACAUAUGCCAACACCCGAGACUUCCUUUCCUGCCCAUGCUGCUGACAGCCGAGACAGCGCCAGGAAGUGCGCUUCCUUGGGGAAAGUGAUACGCCCACAGAUGGACUGAUACGGACAGGAGGAAGUGGCUGGAUCGAUUUUGGCAGAGAUGUUUUUGUUUCUGUUUUUAUGGAACUGGAGUUAUUGCAGUAAAUUACUGUACUGUAAAUAGGACUGGUGGGGGGGUGGCACUUCAUUGACCUAUUGAGUUACGUCAAC